AUGGACAAAUCAAGUGAAAUCGAAAUUCUAGCCUGGUUAAAGGAGGUUCUAUCGCUUAAAAUCGAUGAAAAACGCGAAGAUCUCAUGGAACUUCUCACUAGUGGCGUUGUUUUGUGUAAUGUUAUCAACAAAUUUAUGCCAAAGACUUGUUUAGCUAAGGAAUCUUCUAUUGUUUUCAAGCGGAUGGAGAAUAUUGAGAUGUUUUUGAAAGCCGCCAAAUCAAUAGGAGUUUUAGAUAGCGAACUUUUCCAAACUGUCGACUUGGUUUAUCCAGAUAAAAGGAAUCCAAAACAAGUGGCUAUCUGUAUCUACUCUUUAAGUCGAAACUUGAAAAAGAAGUUCCCAGGCAGUAAGUACAAAGUCAUUGGCCCCAAACUAGCUGAGAAGCAAACGCGGACUUUUAGUGAGGAGCAACUGGAAAUGGGCAAGCGAAUCAUUAGUGUGCAAAUGGGUACAAACAAAGGCGCCACCCAAUCCGGACUUGGAUCUGGCCACCGCCAAAUAACACCAGAAAACCAGCUAUAA